UGAAAGAGUAAAACUAAGUUCGUCCUAAAAUAAUAUUACCAGAAGAGGGCGCAUCGUGUCCAACACAAUGGUCGUUUCUCUUGCACACGUUCAAGUUUUUUGUUUUAUUUCAGUCGUUUCGCAUCUCUUCACAUAACCGUUGCGUUCAACACCAAACAAGUGGUGUUAACGUCAAAUUAAAACGCUUCGCUCUCCUACAUCACGACUCAAAUUUGAGGGACCGGAAGCGGCGAAGGGUGUAACAGAAAACAACUCCCGGUUUUCCUUUCUAGGCUUCAGUCGUAUUUGUUUGAACUACCUGACCCGCUAGUCAUUUUCUUACUAUUAGCCAAAUACGAUCCAACCGGGCGAAGACAGACACAACUCUGACAGCAUUGAAACAGGUUGUGUCGAGCCAUGGCUUUCAGCAAAGGUUAUCGUAUUUAUCAUAAACUGGACCCACCUCCAUACAGUGUGAUUGUGGAAACCAGAAAUCAAGAAGAAUGCCUGAUGUUUGAGUCUGGAGCCGUCGCCGUUCUCUCGGCAGUAGAGAAGGAGACCAUCAAAUCAGCAUACACCAAGAUGUUGGAUGCGUAUGGGAUCCUGGGAGUUCUUCGUCUUAACCUUGGGGAUUCAAUGCUACACAGCCUGGUGGUCGUAACAGGCUGUAGUUCGGUGGGAAAAAUCCAAGAAUCCGAAGUCUUUCGAGUGACUGGAACAGACUUCGUCUCUCUUAAGAACGACCCCACAGAUGAGGACCGGAUCGCGGACGUCAGAAAAAUUUUAAAUUCCGGCAACUUUUACUUUGCAUGGUCCUCUACCGGAGUGAGUCUGGACCUCAGCUUAAACGCACAUCGUAGAAUCCGAGAAGACAUAUCCGACAACCGCUUUUUCUGGAAUCAGUCCCUGCAUCUGCAUCUCAAGCAUUACGGAGUGAACUGUGAUGAUUGGUUGUUGAGGUUGAUGUGUGGUGGGGUGGAGAUCCGUACCAUCUACGCUGGGCACAAGCAAGCCAAGGCUUGCGUAAUCUCUCGGCUUAGCUCAGAGAGAGCGGGCACGCGUUUUAACGUUCGGGGCACAAAUGAUGAUGGCCAGGUGGCCAACUUUGUGGAGACUGAACAGGCUAUUUUUCUUGACGACAAGGUGUCAUCCUUCAUUCAGAUCCGAGGGUCAAUACCUCUGUUCUGGGAGCAGCCGGGUCUUCAGGUUGGUUCCCACCGUGUUAAGCUGUCCCGUGGUUUUGAAGCAAACGCACCAGCUUUUGAGAGACAUUUCAGCGCUUUGAGGAGGCUGUAUGGCAAACAGGUGAUCAUCAACCUGCUGGGUAUGAAGGAGGGUGAGCACAUGCUCAGCAAAGCAUUCCAGAGUCACCUAAAAGCUUCAGAACACGCCAACGCUGUGAAAAUGUUGAACUUUGACUAUCAUCAAAUGGUUAAAGGUGGGAAGACAGACAAGCUCACCACUGUUCUGAAACCUCAGAUCAGCAAGUUUCUGGAGGAAUGUGGUUUCUUUAGCCAUUCAACAGAGUCCGGCAUUCAGAGGUGCCAAGCGGGGACCAUCCGUUCCAAUUGUCUAGACUGUUUGGAUAGGACGAACAGCGUCCAGGCCUUCAUUGCACUUGAGAUGCUUCCAAAACAGUUGGAAGACAUGGGACUGACUGAGAAGCCUCAGUUGGUGGCACGGUUUCAGGAGGUCUUCCGAACCAUGUGGUCCACCAAUGGAGACUCCAUCAGCAAGAUCUACGCAGGCACCGGUGCUCUGGAUGGCAAGGCUAAGGGUGGAAAGCUGAAAGACGGUGCUCGCUCUGUCACCAGAACCAUCCAGAACAACUUCUUUGACAGCUCUAAGCAGGAAGCCAUUGACGUACUGAGACUGGGCAGCACCCUUAACAGUGACCUUGCAGAUAAAGCACGAGCCCUUCUCACAACCAGCAGCCUGUAUGUCUCUGAGCCAAUUUUACAGUCAGCUUCUCCCAGGGUGCUGUUGGGUAUGUGUCAGAACCACUACAAAUACACCCGACCCAAGAAGAUCAGAGUGUGCGUGGGCACUUGGAACGUAAAUGGUGGCAAGCAGUUUCGUAGCAUUGCGUUUCGUAACCACACCCUCAAUGACUGGCUGCUGGAUGCCCCUAAAAAAGCCGGUCACCCAGAAUUUCAAGAUAGCAAAUCUAACCCUGUGGACAUAUUCGCUAUCGGCUUUGAGGAAAUGGUGGAGCUGAAUGCAGGCAAUAUUGUCAGCGCAAGCACCACCAAUCAAAAGCUGUGGGCCGCUGAGCUACAGAAGAACAUCUCACGGGAUCAGAGAUAUGUGCUGCUGGCCUCAGAGCAGCUGGUGGGUGUGUGUCUGUUCAUCUUCAUACGCCCUCAGCAUGCACCUUUCAUCAGGGAUGUUGCGGUUGAUACUGUAAAGACCGGAAUGGGCGGUGCCACUGGUAAUAAAGGGGGUGUGGCCAUCCGGAUGCUCUUCCACACCACCAGCAUCUGCUUCGUGUGCUCGCACUUCGCUGCCGGCCAAUCACAGGUCAAAGAGAGGAAUGACGACUACAACGAAAUUGCGCGCAAGCUCUCCUUCCCCAUGGGUCGCCUGCUGUACUCCCAUGAUUACGUAUUCUGGUGUGGAGAUUUUAACUACCGGAUAAGUCUGCCCAAUGAAGAGGUGAAGGAGCUGAUUAAACAGCAGAAUUGGGAAGCUCUGGUCGCUGGAGAUCAAUUGGUGGAACAGAAGAAUGCUGGACAGGUGUUUAGGGGUUUCAUUGAAGGAAAACUAGAUUUUGCUCCCACCUACAAAUAUGACCUGUUUUCUGAGGACUACGACACCAGUGAGAAGUGCCGCACACCUGCCUGGACCGACCGUGUGCUUUGGAAGAGAAGAAAGUGGAACUUUGAUAAAACCGCGGAAGAGAUGGAGUUAAAUGUAGUCGGAGCUUCAGUGAAUGAGGAAGAUCCGUACCCAUGGAGCCCUGGAGAUCUAAAGUACUAUGGCAGAGCAGAGCUAAAGACCUCUGAUCACAGGCCUGUGGUGGCCAUCAUAGACAUGGAUGUGCUAGAGGUGGAUCCAGAGGCCAGACAUCAGGUGUAUAAGGAAGUGAUCGCCCAUCAGGGUCCACCUGAUGGCACUAUCCUUGUCUCUCUCUGCUCAUCUGGUCCCGAUGACUAUUUCGAUGAUGCUUUGAUUGACGACCUGCUGGACAAGUUUGCCAACUUCGGGGAGGUCAUUCUUAUCAGGUUUGUUGAGGAGAAAAUGUGGGUGACGUUUUUGGAGGGCUACUCUGCUCUGGCUGCUCUGUCUUUGAGCGCCUCUACUGUAAAUGGAAAGACCAUAGACAUCCGUCUGAGGAGUUCUGGUUGGAUAAAGAGUCUCGAGGAGGAAAUGAGUGUGGAGAGAAUCUGUGGCAGUAUUCCGACAUCCAGCAGCUCUACCCUGCUAGCAGAAAACUCUGAGAUGGGAGAGGAGUUUGACAUGGAAGGUGAUGUGGACGAUGAGGUUGAAGAUAUCUUACAACAGAACCUGCAGCCUGGAGUGGGCAGUGAGCCGGGUGUGUCCCCAACCCCAUCCCCUCGCGGCAGCCCUUGCCCCUCUCCCACCCAAGGAGAGCCUGCACCUCCAAUCCGGCCUAGCAGAGCCCCUCCACGCACAGCCGGACCACCACAGGGUUCUCCUGUUGAAUGUCAGCCGGCUGGAGCGCCUUCAUAUCAGACACUGGAGCCAAAACGCCCACCUCCACCUCGCCCUAAUAUCCCACCAGCCCGACCUGCACCCCCACAACGACCACCACCACCCUCAGGACAAAAAAGUCCAGCGUUAGCACGUGCAGAUGUUGCUGCUCGAGGUCAAGCCACUGGAUCAGCACCUGGUGGUACCCCAAGGCCGAUCCCACCCAGAGCAGGAGUCAUCAGUGUUCCUCCUCAAGCCCGACCUCCGCCUCCUUCUCAUCCUGGAGCCCCCAGACCCACAGCAGAGGUGCAUCCUGGAGCCCCUCGUCCCACAUCUGAUAAUCACCCUGGAGCACCAAGGCCCGAACCCCAAAGCAAACCAGCUGAGCUGCCUCUGGGUCCUCCCCCCACACUGCCGGGUCCCAUGAGACCUCAGAUGAUAUCACCCAUGCAACCUCAGCCCAGUUCUCCAAUGCAGCCAUCGGUUCAAGCCCAGGUGCCCCCACCAAUUCAAUCCCAGCUUCCUCCACCAAUGCAGCCCACCUUUCCCACCCCUCUGGUACCUCAAGCUGCUGGGCCUGCCCAAGCAUCAUCUACUGGAGCUUCUGGCACCCCUCAGCCUGGACUAGCUUCUCCCAAGCCUCCACCCAGGAGCCGGUCAUCUCAUACACUGCCACCUGAGGCCACCCCUCCCUCUACUCCGGCUACUACAUCUCAGGCCAAAAACAUGAAUGGCGUCCAAAAUGAAGCACAAUGGAAACCAGACCCCUUUGAUUUGCUUAACACCCAGUCUCUGCUCCAGAACCUAUCGUCCUCUGCCUCCCUCCCUCGCUCAUCAUCCUCUUCCACAUUUCUCUCCUCUUCCUCCACGUUUUCUGCCUCCCUCCCUCGCUCAUCAUCAUCCUCCGCCACCUUUUCCUCCUCUUCCUCCACGUUAUCCAGCUCCCUUUCACUGUUCUCAUCCUUGCAAAACCCCUCUUCAGCUUCGGAUACGAGCAGCGCUCAUUGUCUUCUGCCUCCCCCCAUCCCCUCCCGCAGCAGGUCUCAAGAGACCCUUCGCUGUUCCCCCAAUCCCUUCUUUGCCGACCCCCAACCCAGACCGAGCAGCACCAACCCCUUCACCGGCAACUCUACGUCAUCGCCGCAACGAUCGCUCACGCCUGUUUUUUACAUCCAACAGGAGGCUGAACCAUCCAAACCUGGCCUCAACAGAGCCAUGUCUGCCAUGGUUCACAGUUCGAUUUUACCCCCUUCAGUCUCAAGGCAACAAUCCUUAGGUCCCGCUGUGGCACCAGCCCCACCCAAACAGACCCAGAACUGGGUCACCUUUGAUGAUGAUUCAAACUUUCUCCCAUCCAGAAAGGCUCCGGCAGCAGGUGCUCCGCUGACACCCGCCUCCACAUCAUUUGCCUUCCCACAACCCCCUAGUAGCCUCCCCAGAUCUGGCUUUGACACGGACAGCAACUGGGCGUCUCUUUCCAACUCCGCGUUCCCGGCAAUUCCCCCUCCUAACCCAAACAGGACUAAUACCAGCAUCAGGAACGCCCCUUCCAGAAAUGAAUUCACAGGGAGGUGAUACCAUGUGCUGAGAAAGAGCGUGUAUGUAAAAUAUGGAGAUAAUAUUAUUGUAUAUCUAUUAUCCGUGUAUGGUUUGUAUAAAAAAGUGUGGUUUAUUAAAGCUCUUCAUCUUCUCUUAGCCAACGGCAGGCAUAUAGGGAGGAAAUUAAUAUGGGUGUUAGCUAUUAAAAUGGGACAGAAAGGUCUUGCUUGUUGUCACCUAUAUAACAACCUGUUUACGUGUGUAAUAUUUUACAGUUCAAAAGCCAGAUUUUAUUAUAUUGCACAUUUAGUCCUUUAUUAAUGAAGCAUUGUUAUUACAAGCCACCUGAUUGGGCAAUAAGGACGUUAUUAAAAUACAUAUCUGACCAAGUUAACAUUUAUCAUCACACUCCAGUGCAGAAAAGAAAAACCGUAUGCUGUCAUUUGUUUCGAACGCACAAAUUUUAAAUGCCUGGCUGUGUCCGACCUAUCCUAUUCCAUCAUAUCCAUAAAGCAGGCUUGACCUUGAGCCAAGUUCAGGUAUUUUUGUUAUUAUUUUCAUGAAUGUAUGACCCGUUUCUGUUGCUUAUGUUCAGAUGGUUACUCAGUAAGAGUGCUUGUAAUGUGUACAGUACAUACAAGUGUUUUGUGCUUUAACAGAUGUUGGGUCUGUCCACCAAAAAGUCCACCCCUGUUGUAUCCUGUGGCACAACUAACAUGCUUGGCUUUCUCAAAAUAUAUCUUCUAUACAUAUUCAUAGUUGGUGAAUACGUGGGAAUACUAGUUGUAAACAUUGCAGCAUAUAUCCGUCCACCAAGCGCUUUGGAAAGCAGACUGAAGCUCGAGAUGUUAGUUCGUAUCUGUGUCACAGGCAUGAUCUGCCUCUCUUUAUCAUCAUUCAUUCGUUUAUAUAAAUAUGUGCUUUCGGUACAGAACUGCUGUAUUUAACAAAUGUGUUGUAUGUCUGUAUGUGUUCAUUUGGUGGUUUCAGUCGAUCUCUCGUUAGUAUGAGGGAUGUUGGUCAUAGCAGGAUCGUGCUUUCUUUUCGUGCAAUAGACGUGUACUUGUUCACGUACUGAAAGCGUACUUUUUCAUUUCAAUUGACGGCUUCUUAAAGUCUUGAUAAAUCUAUUUAUUGUUGUGUAGAGGAAUACCGUGCUGUAUUUUGGAGUGUGUUUAUGUGUACUUGCUGUAUACGUGAGAGUGAGCUUGUGUGUUUGCGUUGUCAUCGUUGAGGGUCAUGUGACCACAGAUUCAUUAUGGCAUUACGUCGUUAUAAAAGUGAUUUGAUGCAGGAAAGCAGGCUUUUAAAUAAACACGAACGCAACUGGAUGUUGAGUUAUGAAUGGUAUUGUUUAGUAUUUAAAGCAACAGAUAACACUGAUCCAGGCUUUCUUUGUGUUUUGUUCAUAAAGCCUUUUGACAGAUUUUUUUAUUAUAAGAACAUUCUUAACUUAUAAUUCAGCUUUUUUUAUUGGUCAUGUUAAUGUUUAACAUUCCAGACUUUAAAGAUGCAUUAUGGAUAAAUCAGACGGCGUUUGAUUUUGUGUGUACAGUCAUUUUUCUUACAUUCCUCUUGCCGUUUGAACGUGUUAUGCAGGAUGUUCAUUGUGCCUCAAGGGCAUACAAAAAAACUUCAUUGUACGUUAAAGUGUGUGGGUUUUUCAGGAAGCAAUGACUGCAAAAUUUAACUGAGUGCUCAUUACUGUUUUGGUACAAAUUUUAGAUGUUUUACUGAAAGCGUUACUUAAAUUGAAUUGGUGAGACACCGUCCUUUGGGUUUGGUUGUGAAAGGUGUCUAAAUUUUGCCAUUCAUCAGGAAUAUGUAUUAAUGCAAACCAGAUGCAUUCCGAACUGUGAAUAUCUCCAGAAUACAGACAGGUAUCAGGCUAUGGUUAAUUUGUGUCUUCCUUUGAUGGCUGAUGAAUGCAGUGUCACACCUUAUGAUUUAAAGGCAUAAGAAGUUUGUUCAGGUGUUCUGUAUGUAACGAAAGCACUAAAUUUGACACUAGCAAGUGCUAGUUAUGUAUGAUUUAUUUUAUAGGAAUAAAUUAACUCCUUUUGUGAAGUUAACGUUCCUUCAUAGCUUUUAGACCAGUAGUAAGCAGUGGUAUUAACCUUACAUGUAUGUAUACACAAAACUGCAAUUCAGUAAUUUAAGUGCAUACCAAAUAUGCACAUUUAUGUAUGGAGCAAUUGAUGUUGUAUGUAUGCAAUAAUAAAGGUAAUUUACCAUGAAA